UCCUCUAACUUGUUGUUUUCGAACAACAUCGUCCACGGUUUGCACUACAUCGAUUUUUUGAGUCAAAAUGCUUGUACUCGUUCCGGGAAUCACUGGCAACCUGGGAUUGCAUUUAUUAGACAGCUUGUCCUCUCGUGGGCACCACGUACGCGGCCUUGGUCGCUCUCCAGACAAGCUCAACGACCUGCAGAAAUCAAAGCUCGAGUCUUUCAUUACAAUACAGAACUACUACGACAUCUCAGCGCUCGAUCAAGCCUGCGCUGGAGUUGACGCUAUUAUCUGCGCUUACACAGGAUCUCCGGUAAUGCAGCUCGAUGCCCAGCUACUUUUGCUUCGAGCCGCUGAACGAGCCGACGUCACCCGAUUUCUCGCAGCCAGCUGGAAUUGCGAUUGGAGGCAAUUGCAACUUGGUCAGCACCAGAGCUACGAUGCUAUUAUCGCCUUUCACCAGCAAGCCAAGCUCUCGUCGACGAUAAAGCCGAUCUAUAUGCUGACAGGGGCCCUUGCUGAGGUCUACUUCUCUGUCCCUGGCCACGGCAAUUUCUCCCCGGCUUACAACGGGCCGUGGGACCCGGAGAAGCAUACCAUCGAUAUAUGGGGGACAGGCGAUGAGAAGUGGGAUCUCACCACUGAGCGCGAUGCAGCCGAGUUCUCGGUCGAGGUUAUUCAGCGUGACGACGCCCCCAACGGCGGCUUCUGGGAGCUGCAUUCUGGCGCAUACUCGCCUCGGGAGCUCGCGAACAUCUACAAAAAUGUUAAAGGGAUUGAAAUUGCAUACAACUACCGGGGUACAUUGGACGAUCUAAGGGGGCUCGCCUACUCCCUCAAGAAUCAAAAGCCGUACAAUGAUUACUACAGUUAUAUCGGCUUGUUCUAUCAGCUUUUUCAGCUGGAUGGAACUUACUCACUGAAGAACGUUGGGAAUCACAAGUUAAACGUCAUUACUACGUCCAUGGAGGACUUCCUUCGUCAGAACCCGGACAUCUAGCUGGGUACUUGUAGACUUAAAUUUCGAUUCUC